AUGUCUAUGUGGGAUUAUAUGCAUCUUCCUCCCUAUGAGGAUGGGGUUCCAUCUUUUAGCCUUAGCGGCGAAGAAGUAGUAUUUCUAAGACAGAAGCAAAUUAUCUUGGGAAAUGAAUUUGGAGGACAAUGGAAAAUUAACCCGGGGUUUUUAAGUAUGAGCUAUUGUGAGAAGCAAAAAGAAGUCCCAGAAGGCUCAAUGCGAGCAAAGAAAGGAUCAAUCCAAUCUUUCGUUGUCAUCGUACCGGUUGAUGCGUCCGCCCUUCCACCCAUCAUACUUCCAGAGAGCACGCUAUGUAUGGCUGCUCUGUUGAAUAUUGGUUGGACGAACGAGGCAGCGGGGAAAGUAUUUGACUCUUGGAAAGAGAACUCCAGACCUAGGAAACUGAUGGCGUGUGAUGAUCGGGAUCCUACUCUUAUCGACUAUGCAAUUUCCACAGUUCAAACGAGAAUGGACCAAUUGGCCAUUGCGAAGCAAACAAAAGUCGAUGCAAGAAAGGAAAUGACUAUCCUUGGACUAUCCACCAAAUUCCAGGACGCUAUGCUGGAUCAAGACAGCGAUCUUCUCGGUGGUCAUGUCAAUAGGAUGGAUCUUUGUUUUUGGAUAAUAGAUGCACUGGGCAAGCGAUACAGGAACUUGGUAUUGAGCUUGAGAUAUCUGAAGAACUAUGCGGCAACGGGCACGAAGGCGAUGAAUUGGUGA